AUGGCCGUGUGGCUGGCGCGCCGGGCCGUCAGGAGGCUCGCUAGCGAGCUGCGCAGCCAUGGACCAUGGCCGUGGCCCUUGAGCUCGUCGACGGUGCCGGUUCUCGGGGUGCCAUCAGGGGACCAAAGCAGGGGGUUCUGCUCCGUCCGGCGCUUCGCAGGAGAUAGCGCUGCCGUCGAGGAGCCGGAGAAUGGACUUGCCGCAGGCGAUCUGCAGUUUGUAGAUUUCCCUGGAGGAAAGCUUUCCUUUGUUGGUGAAAUGAAUUUCCUGCCAGAGUCGCAAAGGGAAAGGAUCAAUUGUUACCGUAUUCUUGACGACGAUGGUGGGACUAUAUACAGCAGUAGAUUCCAAGAGGUCAGUAAGGAGUUGGCUCUGAAAAUGUACAGUAACAUGGUCACCCUCCAGAUUAUGGACACAAUCUUCUAUGAAGCUCAGAGGCAGGGAAGAAUUUCCUUCUAUCUAACUUCCAAUGGUGAAGAAGCAAUCAACAUAGCCUCUGCUGCUGCGCUUAGUGCUCAAGACAUUGUACUACCUCAGUACAGGGAGCCCGGUGUUCUUCUAUGGCGUGGCUUCACACUGCAAGAAUUUGCAAACCAGUUGUUUGGGAACAAGCUGGAUUACGGUAAAGGCAGGCAGAUGCCGAUACAUUACGGAUCAAACCGUCUGAAUUAUUUCACAGUCUCAUCGCCUAUCGCCACUCAGCUCCCUCAAGCUGUUGGCGCUGCCUAUUCUCUCAAGAUGGACAAGAAGAAGGCAUGUGCCAUCACGUAUUUCGGCGAUGGUGGCACGAGCGAGGAGGGAGACUUCCAUGCCGCGCUCAACUUCGCUGCUGUCACGGAAGCGCCAGUGAUCUUCUUCUGCCGCAACAAUGGCUGGGCAAUCAGCACCCCAACCGCGGAACAGUUCAGAAGUGAUGGAGUUGUCACCCGCGGUCAGGCCUACGGAAUACGCAGUAUCAGGGUAGACGGCAACGAUACUCUUGCUGUGUACAGUGCAGUCCACACCGCCCGGGAAAUGGCUAUAACUGAAGGAAGGCCUAUUUUAAUCGAGGCGAUGACCUACCGAGUCGGCCAUCACUCGACAUCCGACGAUUCAACCAAGUACAGGCCGGCCGAUGAGAUGGAGCAUUGGCGAACAGCGAGGGAUCCCGUCUCCAGGUACAGAAAAUGGGUUCAGGGGAAUGGAUGGUGGUGCGACACUCAAGAGUCUGAACUCAGGAACAAUGUGCGGCAAGAGCUCCUGCAAGCCAUUCAGGUGGCCGAGAGGAUGCCAAAACACGGGCUUGCGGAGCUCUUCACUGAUGUGUAUGAUCAAAUGCCUUCCAACCUUCGCGAGCAAGAGCGGUCGCUGCUGGAUACCAUCAAAAAGCAUCCUGCAGAGUAUCCAGCUGAUGUGCCUGCUUAG